UCAGCUACAAUGUAAACUCUUUAGUUUAUGAACCUGAGCUAAACUGCUAAUAAGAGGAAGGACUGAGAGAAAAGGACUAAUCCAGAGACUCAGCACUCAGGAUUCCAGCACUACUGAGAGAGGAAGUGAAGUCGGUAGAUCAGGCAUUCCAGACGAGGGACUGUCAGAAGCAAUUAGUUAGGGAUUCUUAGAAGCAGAAGAAACACAACUUCACUCCCAUAGCUGAAACACUAGACUGAGGAAGGCAAAAUGGCAGCUGGGUAUAUGGACAAAGAUUUUAAACUGGUCACCACUGAUCCUGUUGUGAAGGCUUCUCUUGGUAAAGAUGCCACUCUGCCCUGUCACCUCUCUCCUGAAACCAGUGCUGUUGCCAUGGAGAUCAGGUGGUUUAAGGGGACAGACUGUAUCUACCUGUAUAAGAAUGGUCAUGAGACAGUGAGGGAGGACUAUGAGCGCAGAGUGAGUGUGAACACCCAGGAGCUGCAGAGAGGAGACGUGUCUAUGACACUGAGGGAGAUCAGAGAGAAAGAGAUAGGAGUGUUUCUGAAACUAUGGAAGACAGUGGGAAAUGAACAAGUGUACACAUGCCAGGUCAUCAGUGGAGAACACACGGAGGAGGGAAGAGUCGGGCUGUUGGCUGAUUAUGUUGGUUGGAGGGAAACUCAGGAGGAAGAUCUGAGGGUGGUGGAGUCAAUGAAGACGGAGAUAACUGCUGAAGAGAGGAAGAGGAUGGAGAAAUCUGUCCAGUUUGUGGGAUUGUCUCCUUUUCAAUGUUGUCUAGGCUAUCAGCCACCCCUUUUUCCAACCCAGGAAGAGGAGGUAGCCGUGCCAUCCGUACAGGCCUUUGUCAGACGCUGUCGGGAGAGUAUGGGCCCGAAACUAGACAUCAUCUGCUGCAAGCUGGCAAGAAGUACAAGAAGAUGGCUGACAGACGGCGCGUCCCUGCUCCUGCCUACCGUCCCGGUCAUAGGGUAAUGCUAUCGACUCCCAACCUUCCUCUCAAGGUCCUCUCUCGGAAAUUAGCUCCAAGAUUUGUGGGCCCUUUCCCUGUCUCCAAGAUAAUCAAUCCCUGUACUGUCAAAUUGUCAUUGCCUUUGUCUAUGCUUCGCAUCCACCCCUCCUUCCAUGCUUCUCAAUUACGUCCUCUGAUCUCUUGUCCUCUCUCUCCCCCUGUCAAAGCCCCCCCACCCCCUACGGUCAUUGACGGGGGCGAGACUUACACGGUCAGGAGGCUACUGAAGGUCCGGUGCCGUGGCAGGGGCCUACAGUACUUGGUGGAUUGGAAGGGCUACGGGCCAGAGGAGAGGUGUUGGGUGCCAUCACGUUUUGUCCUUGACCACCGUCUGAUUGAGGAUUUCCACCGGCAGAACCCGGAAGCACCAACUAGGGCGCCAAGAGGCGCCCGUAAGGGGGGGGGGGGGGGACUGUCACGAUCUGAGCCAGAUCCAUGUUUUCUAUGUCAUGUGCCCCAUGUCGUGUGUGUGUGCGCGCUCUCUCUCUCCCUCUCUCUCCCCGCUUCAGGUUUGCCAUGCUUAACUCACUGACUCUUCCAGGUGCCUGGUCUAACACCUGUGGCUAAUUGGACCUCAUCUCUUCCCUGUGCCUGGCCUAACACUCCUGUUGCUAAUGAAGCCUCGUUUCUUCCCUGUGCCUGGUCACACACCUGUGUCUAAUUGGACCUCAUCAGUGCCUGUGUUAAACCGUGCUCUGAAGAACAUUCAGUGCUGGAUUAUCUCUUCGCUUACCUGGACACCUUUCUUGCCAUGUUUUCCUAUUGCAUUUUUCCUGCCUGUCUGUUUUUGCCUGGAUUCCUUUGGAUUUUGGAUUUAACCCUUUGUGGGUUUUAUUGGACUGCUUUGGACUGUGCAUCUAGCCCUGGCCUGUGUUUUUAUGUUUCUGUCUUAUGCUGCCUGCCAUGCCUCGUUGAGAUCCCCAUGUUUUGUAUCUUCUGAGCUUUGCUGUUUUUUUCUGU